CCGAGCGAGAGUGCUUUAAUGAUAUCGGCUGCUGUUCGGAUCCCGCUGUCGAAGAGAACGGUCGCUUUGUCGCCUACCGCAUCCACGAUCUCGGGAAGCAUUUCUAGAGAUGCGACGGCGCCGUCGAGUUGUCGUCCUAGAGAGGUUCAGUUACAGUAUGGUUUGGAGGAGAGGGAACUAACCUCCGUGAUUUGAUACGAUAAUCCCAUCGCAUCCGUGCUCAAUUGCGAGUUUGGCAUCUUCCGGAUGCUUCUGUGGAAUCAGCCCAUGUCCGACUUCCCAGCUGGUGGAAAUAUACCUGAAUUCCCUUCAGCACAAGCGGUCCCUCCCAGUUGUCCCUCAGUAAUUUCAGUCGGUCCCAAGUAUGCGACUUGCCAGAAACGACGUCGCCGAGCCAAGCUACGGAGGCCUGUACACUUUAGCAACUGUCUUCUUGCCUCUUCACAAGAAACACACUUCUACAAUAUUCUCCUCCGGCUCAUGGCCAAAUUUCGCCCGGCACUUUCGACGAAAGACCGGAUCCGAGAGCCCAACUUGAACCCCAGUCCCUUUGAUAAACGGUACAUAACCAUUAUCCAAAUCCGCCGGUCUCCAAGCCAGCGCCCAAGUAUCAAGCGUCACAACGAGGACUUUGAAUCCAUUCUUCUUGGCGCGGUCCAGAAGCGAGAGCGUGACUUCGUCAUCUUGGGGCCAGUACAGUUGAUACCAACGCGGACCAUUUCCGCUCGCCUCCGCGACCUCUUCUAUGGUCGAGGAAGCUGCGGUACUCAUGAUGAAUGGGACAUCGAGCUCUGCGCAGACUUCCGCCAGUCCCGUUUCCUUGUCUUCAUGGAAGAUGGAUUGGACGCCAAUUGGAGCCAUCAAGAUCGGGGUUUCUAUCAACAUCAGCAUCUGUUCAACUCGCUCACUUUCUUGUCAAUCCGGUUUGAAAGGUUGGACUACCAUAUUUUUCACCAAACAACUCGAUGGUGAGAUCACGGAUACUGGUCUCUCUCAGCAUCCGAGGGACCAGUUUCCACUGUCGAAAAGCGAGUCGAUUCGCGUCCAUUGUGGCUUUCUCCCCGGCUCCGCCGGCAAUGUAGUUGUAUGAUGUCUCUGGAAGUUUUUCUUUGGCUUGUGCUGCUAAUUUAUUGGGGUCGGUGGUCACGAGAGGGAACUUGUUGAGGAAUGUUCCAUCUGUUGGUCUUCUUAAUUGUCUGUAUGGUCUCAUUGAACAGCUGCAGGGGCGUGACAUACCUCGAUAUAUGUUGGACUGGUGAGCACCAUAAUCGCGUUUGUUUUUCUUUCCCUGUGUGAGGCUGAGCUUUGGAACGGCUUCGUUUGAAGACAUAAUGAUUCGCGAGAUUGGGAAUUAUCUUGAAGGCGAGUUGAUUGUGAGAGUGAGAUUGUAUGAUGACUCGUAUGUAAGCCGAGGUACGCUACAGCACAUACUAUACUGUAAUCUUACUCGAUACAUGUAGAACUUCACCACCUAAACCCCAUUAACCCAAUUCCAACACCAAAUAUCACCAAAUCUCACCUCACCUCACCACCAAAAAAACAAUUCUCAAAAACCUUCCCAAGCACCAACCUAUCCAACCCCCCUCCAACAAAACCCCAAACAUAUACGACCUCCAAAACCACCCUCGGCCCACAUCACAGUAAGGUUAACCCCCAACUCUAUCUCACCACCCCCCAAGCUUCCCCACGGGAAAACCCACCCGUUUACCCGUUCGUCUACCCCGCAAUCUGCCACCCCACCACGCCGGUCGCCGCUCGCUCGCUAACAGAACGAACCCGAGUGCCGCACGCCCGCUGAUUGGCCCCCCCAACUGCCAUUUCAUCCAAGAAUACUGGUAGGGUCGAUCCUCAAACAGGUACGGCCUCGUGAUACACGGGGUCACGUCCAGGAAUCCACGCCUCGCAGACUAGAAACUGGAAAGUCUAACUGCGAACGAGUCAAACGUGCCUAUUUGUCAGUUGUAAAAAGAGCGAAAGGUGCUUAAGAGCCGUCCUACUAACAAGUAUCGACAAACUGCCGAAGAACAAAUAAAGUAUUCUUUGAGGAAGAUGCAAGGCGGGGAGGGACAGGGUAGAGAAACGGGAGAGAGUAAACUCAAGAAAAAAGCGGGAUUCUUGGCACCUACCUGUUUCGAGUCUCUCUAUGCAUUCGCAUCCACGAACAAAGAGCGAAUGUGGGGUUUCUGGUGUGUACGCGCCACGUCAUUUCAUUUAAAGUUCCAUCAAAACAGUAGAUGGAUUUCUGUUCCUGCAGUCCCCCUUUCCAGAAAUUUCUCUCUUACGCAACGCACUGGAUUCCCAUUCGUCUUCAAAGCACACCUGUAUCACCAUCCCAACCACAAUAGCACGACGAUGACCGAGCUCGACGUCCCCAAGAGGCAUUUGGCGCUCGUGUAUGAUGCCCCAGGCUCCAUUUCGGUUAAGACGGUAGAGGUGGAUACCCCUGAGCCGGGGGUGGGUGAGGUGUUGGUGCGAUUGUAUGUUUUCUUUUUCUUACCUCCCCUGCGAGAUGGAUGGGAUGUAUUGGACAGAGAACUGAUAAAGUCUAAGAACACAUACGGGAGUUUGUCACAGUGAUCUGGGGGUUAUGGAGAAUAAAUUUAAAGGAUGUAAGGCAGUGUUUUAACCCCGCCGUUGGAAAAACCCACCCAAGUUCAAGCCCCGAUCAAGAGUGGACAACACUCGGUUCGGGGUCAUGAUCUAGUUUUUUCUUUUCUUUUCAGAAUUCAAACCCGAAGGGAAAGAAAGAAAGAAAGAAAGAAAGAAAGAAAGAAAAAAAAUAAAGAGAGAAAAACAAGAUGAUGAAAAAAAAAGGGGGAUGAAAAAGACUAGAAAUAGCAACCCCACCCCACACAACAACACAACAUCCAUACCAACUUACUCUCGUAAAACUUCCAAGCAAUCCAACUUGCUAAUCUACAUCCUAAAAAAACAGUACCCCUUCCAACACUUGCAGGGCAAAUCGGAGGGCACGAAGGAAUUGGCAUAGUCCACAAACUCGGCCCAGGUCAAGAAGACAGCCGAGUCAAACUCGGGGACCGGGUAGGAAUAAAGGUAAGUUUGUCCUCAUAGUCAACACCACACAUCUCAUACCCCCAAUACCAAAUACCCAGUUCGAAUGACAUAGCUGACACUAUUCGGUUAGUGGGUAGCAUAUGCUUGCGGCGCUUGUUUACCAUGUUUAGAAGGGAGAGAUGGCGUGUGUUUUGUAAGACUCCCCGAUGAAGAAAAAAGUAAGAGGAUUAUGAGACGUUUUGGCUGAUGUGACUCGCUCGAAAAAAAGAACCAGAAAAUAUCGGGGUACUAUUGUAAGUCCUCGCGAAAUUGUGAAGGGAGGGAAGACAGACUGAGACGUUUAUAGACCCGGGGACUUUUCAACAAUACGCAAUCGCACCCGCGAAUUACGUGACACCCAUACCAUCCGGACUAUCCUCAGAAGAGGCAGCGCCCAUGAUGUGCGCUGGUCUCACCACGUAUGUUCCCUCCUCUCAGAAAUUUGAGCACAGCCUCAAGGCCGCUAUUUGGGCCGCAUGAAUUAGCCGAGGCCACCCAAAAAACCCCCUAACUAACACCGUUUAGGUACUCGGCCUUGAGAAAGUCGGAUGCGAAAAGUGGACAGUGGGUUGUGAUUUGUACGGUGAUCUCCGUUUUCUUUAAGCAGGUUGGGUAGAUUGAUCUUUUUACUGACUUUGGAAUAGCUGGUGCUGGUGGUGGCUUGGUGAGAAGAUUUUCCGGAUGCCGUUGAGGAGUUUGUUAGAGGUAUGGUUACUAAGACGUUUUAUUGUAGGGACAUAUUGCAACGCAGAUUGGGGCCUUUGGAAUGGCUUUUAGGAUCAUUGGGAUUGAUCAUGGGAGUAAGGAGGAGCUUGUUAAAGAGUGUGGUGCAGAGGUGUUUCUUGAUGUUACGAAGUUUGAUACCAAGACGAUGACGCAAGAAAUCAAGAAUAUAACAGGGGGUUUAGGUGCGAGCGCGGUGAUUGUCUGCACAUCUUCGAAUAAAGCAUAUGCUCAGGGACUCGGAUUCUUGAGGUUUGGAGGGACGAUGGUUUGUGUGGGGUUACCGGAGGGUGAUGCCGAGCCGAUCGCAACUGCUUUCGCGGGUUCAAUGGUAAGUCGGACCUAUAUUAUAGGUAUACCAUUCGUACACUAAUACCUCCUAGAUUACCAUGGAACAUGUCAUCAGAGGUUCAGCUCUAGGCAACCAACGGGAAGCUUCAGAGAUUCUUGAUCUUGCGGUCAGGGGUAAGGUGAAGACUCAUGUCCAGGUGAGAAAAAUGAACGAGUUGACGGAAGUUUUCAAUGAGAUGUCAAAAGGGCAAAUGCACGGUAGAGUGGUACUCGACCUUCAAUGAUCUUUCAGCAUAGUUUGUGCUUUAACGCGGGAAUUUCCAUAUGUAACAUAGAUAAUGAAUUUGGCCACGAGGGCUGAAUGGGGGCCAUGAAUGACAGCAUCAGCGAGGAGUCAAACAAGCGCUCGUACUAGAAAGGAAUAAAGAUAUCCAGAUUAACUUUCGCAAA